AUGGGCCAGCGGCUGAGCGAGGAGUCCGACGACAGGGAGAUUGAUGUUGCCGAGCUGCAGGAGUGGUACAAGAAGUUUGUGGUGGAGUGCCCCAGCGGGACACUCUUCAUGCAUGAGUUCAAGGGCUUCUUCGGUGUCACCAACAACCAGGAGGCUGCCGAUUACAUCGAGAACAUGUUCCGAGCCUUCGAUAAAAAUGGGGACAACACUAUUGACUUCCUGGAGUAUGUGGCUGCCCUGAACCUGGUGCUGAGGGGCAAGCUGGAGCACAAGCUGAAAUGGACCUUCAAAAUGUAUGACAAAGAUGGAAGCGGCUGCAUCGACAAAACUGAGCUUCUGGAGAUUGUUGAGUCAAUCUACCGGUUGAAGAAGGCAUGUCAUGGUGAGCUGGAUGAGGAGUGCAACCUACUCACACCUGAUCAGGUGGUGGACAGGAUAUUUGAGCUUGUGGAUGAGAAUGGAGAUGGAGAGCUGUCUCUGGAUGAGUUCAUCGAUGGGGCACGAAGGGACAAAUGGGUGAUGAAGAUGCUGCAGAUGGACGUCAACCCUGGGGACUGGCUUAGUGAGCAGCGGCGCAGGAGUGCCAACUUCUGA